UCUGGUCAUUGAAAUCGAAAUAAAUCCUUGUUUCUUGCUCGGCAUACCAGGAAUUCAUUUGAAGCUUCUUGUCUGCAAAUGCUAAAUUCAUCAAGAGGAAGAAGCCAGACAAGGUCAACUCGAUCGAUGCCGUUUGCAGUCAUGGAACCUGACCCUAAAACAAUAUUGUUGGAAAGAUCCUUAUGGUUGCUGCACUAACGGCCGUAUGCGUUAUUAUGCUCAAGCAAUCUCCGUCCUUCAGUACUCCCACUCAUUUCUCUCCACACGAAGAAGGGGUAACUCAUGUUCUUGUAACUGGCUGGUUGCAUCGUCCCAUCCUUUCCUUUCUUGGUCGAGGGCUUCACAAUGGUAUAGUUUCGAAAAUCUUAAACCCAUUGUUGCGCCGCCUCCGCCCGAUCGAGUUCAUUGUUGUUCGUUGGUGGUUCGGUUGGGAUUAUUAAAACCGACGUGUUCCCCUGUCGGAGCGUUGCUUUUGUCGUUCGAUAGGGCUACUUUCACCAUGGCAGCGAGACAGAGAUGUAUAGCAAUGGCCAUGGCUUACGGCGGCGGCGGCUUCGCCAUUGGCUACCCAUUGGCCGAGGCUUUGUCGAAGAUGCAAGACAGGUGUAUUCAAACGUACCCGGGAUUGUACGGCUCCGAUGAUCUAGUGCAAGCUUGUAUGGCUGAACUAGGUGUCCCACUCACCAAGGAAUACGGUUUCCAUCAGCGUGAGGAGCAUUGCAUAGCGUUCGAAACCAAUACCAGCUCUCUAGGCUGUAGUUCGGUUGCAUCCUCAACACUGAAUUUUGGAUUAUUCUCUAGCAGUUUUACGCACUCUACUUGUCCUCGAGUACACCUGAAAAUUAGCAUUUGAGAAAUAACCUUUGUUUCUGGAUAUCAUGCGUCCCAGAAUUUCAGAUGUUUGUGAGAACAUUUGUUUUGUCACAUGUUAAAAGGUGAGGACGUGAGUUCAUGGAGGUUUUAUCCAUCUAUUAUGUAAUAUUAUGUCCCGAAUGCUGUUAAAAAUGGUGGCAUUAUACUUUUAUGCAUUUUU